CCGCAAACUUUCACAGAUAACAAACGUCAAACAUUAGGAUUUUCGAGAAAUAAAAUCAAUAAAAUAGUGAAAAUGAAAUCCGUGGCAAUGUUUUCGCUAUAAAUAACGUUAAAAUCGUAACGGCCUUAGCAGGCAUAAAGCCACGAAGCAUUUAUUAUGUCUUCUCAACUCAACGAAGAAAUUGCGGACAUAGCUAUGACAAGCACUGAAGCAGAUUCUUCGCAAACACACGGGCACGAAGCGACAUCAAGUGUAAAUGCCGACGAUGCGUCCUCAAGCAAUGCUGCCACGCCAGCUGGCAGUGAAGGCCAGGCCUCCAGACAGUCAAACCUUCAACGCAUACAACAGAGAAAGCAACAAGUCUACAACUGGCCGCAUAAUAAGAAGUUACUCAAACUCGCUAUUUACUCAGAAUGCCAGACACCAGACUGCUCAUGUAAUGGCUGGAAGACUCCGGCUCCUCAGCAGACCGUGAAAGGAAACCCUCGGGCAGACAACCAGCCUCUAGCCAGCUUCAAUGAUCCUUGUCGGAAUUGCACCCAUGUAUUAGAGAAACAUGUGACACAACUGCAAGGGCUGCCAGUGGCGGAGGUGAACCGACUUCUCGGAGCAGUGGUCGAUGUGGAGAACAUCUUCAUGUCCAUGCACAGGGAGGAUGACCAUGAUACCAAGCGGGUUUACUACUAUUUGUUUAAGAUACUCCGCAAAUGCAUCCUCACUCGUUCCCACCCCCGCAUCGAGGGGCCACUAGGCCAGCCUCCCUUCGAGCGUCCCUCCAUAGCAAAGGCCAUCACUAACUUCGUGCUGUAUAAGUUUAACACCUUACCGCAGAGGGAAUGGCAAACCAUGUACGACUUGGCAAAGAUGUUCCUCCAUUGCUUCAACCAUUGGAACUUUGAGACGCCCAGCGUUAGGAAGUUGCAAGUAUCAAAUCCUGAAGACAUAUCUGCAUAUCAAAUCAACUACACAAGAUGGCUAGUGUUCUGCCACGUGCCCGCGUUCUGCGAUUCCCUCCCUCACUACGACACUUCCCUGGUCUUCGGGAGGACGUUACUCCGCGCAGUCUUCAAGUCUGUGUGCCGACAGCUCAUGGACAAGUGCCAUUCUGAGAGGGACAGGAUGCCGCCUGAGAAGAGGGUGCUAGUCCUGACCCAUUUCCCGCGGUUCCUGGCAUUGCUUGAAGAGGAGAUAUUCAGCGCCAACUCUCCCAUCUGGGAUCCCGAGUUCAAGCAGAUCCCGCCCAACCACCUGCAAGCCAUAUUCGAUAAUAAGAACCCGGGUAGACGAGGCGAGUUCGAGCGUGUUACAGCUUCAGGCGAUAGCAAAGAUGGUUUCACUACAGUUACUCUGUCUUCAGGUACAAUAAAAACGGAAGGUGGCAAGCGUAGUAACGAAUCGUCAAUCGGUACAGCGGCCAAACGCCGACGUAUCGCUGACGACAGCGCGGACGACGUGAGCGAGAGAACCGUCGCCGACAUCGUGGCCACUAUCACCGACCCUAACUAUAUGUGCGGACCUGAUGCUUUAUUCCAAAUGCAAGCUCCCCGCGACGAGGCGGCCAAGUUGGAAGAACAACGCAAGCUCAUAGAGUUCCAUGUCAUUGGCAACUCACUCACCGGACCUGUUAAUAAACAGACCAUGCUGUGGCUUAUAGGUCUUCACAACGUAUUUUCUCAUCAGUUGCCAGAAAUGACCAAGGAGUACAUUUCUCAAUUAGUUUUCGAUCCUAAGCACAAAACGUUAGCUCUCAUCAAGGAAGGCAGGCCUAUUGGCGGGAUUUGCUUCAGGACAUUCAGUGCACAGGGUUUCAGCGAGAUAGUGUUCUGCGCGGUGACGUCCAACGAGCAGGUGAAGGGCUACGGCACACACCUCAUGAACCACCUGAAGGACUACCACAUCCGCAACAAUAUACUGCACUUCUUGACCUUCGCUGACGAAUUCGCCAUCGGGUACUUCAAGAAGCAGGGCUUCAGCAAGGACAUCAAGCUGCCGCGGGCGAUGUACCAGGGCUACAUCAAGGACUACGAGGGCGCCACGCUCAUGCACUGCGAGCUCAACCCGCGCAUCGUCUACACCAUGUUCACCAGCGUCAUACGCAGGCAGAAGGAGAUUGUCAAAAAGUUGAUUGAUAUGCGACAAAAAGACGUUAGAAAAAUUCAUCCUGGGUUAACAUGUUUCAAAGAAGGCGUCCGCAGCAUCCCCAUGGAGUGCAUCCCGGGGCUGCGCGACACGGGCUGGCGCUCCGCCCCGCGCCACGCCGAGCCCGAGCAGGAGCCCGACCCCGCCAGCCUCAGGAACAUACUGCAUGCGGUAAAGAACCACGCAGCCGCUUGGCCGUUCUUGAAGCCAGUGGACAAAUCUGAAGUACCAGAUUAUUAUGAUCACAUCAAAUAUCCCAUGGAUCUGCGCACAAUGGGCGAGCGUCUGAAGGCGCGGUACUACGUGUCCAAGCGACUGUUCAUAGCCGACAUGACCAGGAUAUUCACCAACUGUCGCCUCUACAACUCGCCUGAUACUGAUUAUUACAGAUGCGCGAACACUUUAGAGAAGUACUUCCAUACUAAGAUGAAGGAGGCUGGCCUGUGGGACAAAUGAUCGGAGUUCAACUUCGACGCGUUCUUCGCGAUCGAGGUCCACACCCCACGCACAGAUACACAACUCGAGUAAAUAACAACAUUAUAUUUGGUCGGAUACAGAAAGAAAUCUGGGGCCCGAUUCUCCUAAGUUAAUAAUGUCAAAAUUGAAUAGAAAUUGAAUCGCAAUAGCAGCUUUAACCAUAUCGGGCAUACUGCUACUAAUAUAAGACCAAUCGUAUUCCAACGACAUUCGAUUGGUCUGCUAUUUUGGUGAUUUUGGUCUAUACGGUAGUUUGCGCUACAAUCAUAUUACGAUCGUAAAUCUUUUGCAGACAAAAUAAUUAAUUAUUAAAUGACAGAAAAGGAUAAAAACGUUUAUUUUAAAGAAAAAAUUGCCGAAUGCCACAUACGCUUCAAUCGUAAUUGAGUCGUGAUUUUAUCUCAGUCGAAUGUGAAUCGUAUGUCGCUUAAGCAAAAUUAGGAGGAUCGGGCGCCUGGUAGCCGACGCCACCUACCCGCGCUUAUCGACGCUGGUCUAUUCUGGCAACAGUUACAUAAAGCAAGCAGACUGAAGCAACGUAAAGCAAAUGUAACUGUUAUAGAAUGGACCAGAUUCGAUAAGUGCAAGUGGACCGGCUACCAACUUUUUUUCUAUAUACGGCCUUUAUCAAAAAAGAAUAUUUGCAUAUUCAUACUAUUUUAUUUUAUUGAAAAAGGAACUCCAACAAAGGAUACAAAUUACAAGCAUUAUUAUAAAAAGCUAUUUGAAGAUUUGUGCUCCUCCAGUUGUAAGUUGUGUGUUGUUGUUCGAAUGUAUCGCUCGUAUAUUAUACGCUCGAUUUUUCUUCAAAUAGUCGUCGCUCGUAUAACCGAACGGAUUAUCGCGCCGAAAAUCCGGUAAUGUGAAAGCGCUCUUGCAGUAUCGCCGAAAUAUCUUGGCGAACCUGAUGUUAACUUUCUGGAUACAUAGUAGAAGUAUGUAGAAUCCAAAUUAUCUAUUGUGUAGCAAAUCCAGCUAUCUUUAAUCUCAAUGUCUGAUGUUGAUAUAAGCAUGCAUGGUAAUAAUAAAAUCUGGCAAAGGACAGAAUAGUUUUUUGUCCGGUUGAGCAAUAUAAUCACCCAAUAUAUGUGAAACUUAUAUACUUACUGUGCAGAUUGUAGCAUAAUUUUAAGUCUCUCGGUGUUUUACAGUAGUUAUUGCUCUUGUAAACAUAUAUUUUCGAAACUAAAUAAAUGUCUAAUAAUACCAUGUUCGCUUCAAAACAUGUGUUUAUUCAAUCAUUAUUAUUUGCUCAAAUGUUAAAUAAAAAAUAAAAAAAAUACUUUAAAUGGUAAUGAGGCACGGUUAUAAUCAAUUAUUUUUGUAUUGUAAUAACUCGCUUAAUGUAAUUUUAAAAGUUGGUUUAAUAAAAAUUGAUUACAGCUACUAUCUCAAUUUUCUAUUAUAAUCAAGUGUUAUAUUAUAUAUUAGUGGCUCUUCAUUAAAUUCUGUUAAAAUCACUAAAAUAUAAAAUAAGGUGUUGUCAUCCAAUUAUAGUGUUUAGCAAUAUAAAUUAUGUUGAGCAAAGUAAAUCCCGCCCUUACAUUUAUUAUUUAUAACUCUGAUUGGUUAUAUAAUAGUUUGCAAUUGUCUCACCUUUCCCAACGUCCAACAAUUAGGCAGUAAAACAAUCUUUUUAUAUUUUGCACAAAGAAAUAGAGCGUAAAAUAAUUUACUUUGAUCACAAAUUCACAUGAAUAUGUUUAUGUACUACCGACCAAUGUAAUGUACCUAUUUGAUGAAAGACUUUCCUACAGUGCUUACAGUGAGUGUCACUGAAAAUUUGCUUAUUAUGUGGUGGAUCAUAAAUAUCAUUGGUUGAUAGUACUACCUUUUCCUACUGAUAUGAUAUCAUAGAAUUUAGAUAAGUUCCUUACUAAGUAAGAUGUAGUAAAUAAUGAAAAGCUUUGUAAAUAAUAAGACUGAUAAGUUUUUCGUUUAGCGAAACAGCGAAAUAUCGCAAUUAUGUUAUUUUAAACGAGUGUAUAUUGUAUAUAGUUGUUAGUAUUUUAUCUCAAAAUGUUUUUAUUUUUUGGCGUUUAUCUGGUUUAUGUCUAAAUGUGGUGAAUUGUACCAUUUAACUAUAAUGAUCAAACCGACUUGCCGACCAUUGGUCACAUCGGCGAUUUGACAACCGAAAAUGGUUUGGUUAUUUUUCUGGUUAAAUGGUGCAAGUCUCAGUAUGAAUGUGAUCAAUAGCUAAUGUAUUGGCAAUGUUAAGAUGAAGAUUUUUAUGUGGAAAUCAUUAACUUGUAUGUUCAGUAGGAACAUUUUUAGUUAUUUUUGUGCAGCACUUUUGUUGCUUACGGUACCUUUAGUAAAUUGUACUUUACUAGUUUCAAAUUAAUUGUCUGUAGAUAAAUUUUAAAUGAACUUUUACCCCAUAGGUAUAUUAUUUAAAAAAUGUGAAAUAAGUGUAACCUAUUGAAUUUUAUAGCGCGUUACAAUAAGCCAUUGUUAGGCGAUAUUAGCGAUCGAAGGAUUCAUAUUCAAAGUGUAUUUCAAUUUUACGAAUUCAGAAUAGAAAUAAUCUAUCAUUAUGAUACUAUUAUAUCUGGUAAAUCGGAUUUAUCUUUCAUAUAAAGCUAUAUAAUAGUGAUUUUUAAAUAAUCUAAGUUUUAAAAACUAAGUGUAUUGUCAAAUCAAUAGAAUAAUGGUAAUAGAUAAAAUGUCGAUUUGAGAUCUUUCUCCGUAGUUUUAAAGUCACGUGAUAAAGGUUUAAACAGUCGUUUGUGUAUUACAAAAGUAUCGUAGUUGUUGAAUUCACUAUUGAUCUGGUUUAAUACUUUCAUGUAAAUAAUGUAUUGGCGUUUCUGUGUCAUUUUAGAAGUCAAUAAAGUAUUUUUUUUUCUCUCA